CCGUGGCAGGGCCGAGGCUGAGCAGGUAUGCUCUUGGGGGAGUGUAGAUGUACCAGUAGGCUACUGGAGGCUCUGUGUGGCAGGAGGAGGGUGAGGGUGUCGAUCAUGAAGCUUCCCUGCUCCUUCUACUGCUCCCUCUGGUUCCUCCUGCUUUUGGGGGCCGGGUCUUUACUCCUCCUCGUACACCUCCAGGACCUCUCAGACAUGCUCCAACAGCAGACCCCAGGUGCAAAGUUGAUGGUUGCUCCAAGGUGGCCAAUUCCAAAGGAGCAGUCCUUUGACAGUGCAGUCGUUAUAGGCAUCAACCUGGGUGGAGGUUUCCAUGGAGCACCAGGGGUAGAGAUGUCCUCUAACCCCAGCCUCCCUACUCCUAGCCCCAGACAACCUCCAGCCUUCCAGUGGCUGCCCCACCCAGCCACCCCAACCUCUGGGGACCAGCAGGCCGUGAGCACCGGGCAACCCCUCACCAAACGCCACAGGAAGCUGCUGUUAAAGAGCGGGCCUGUAACCCCUAGUGGUGCCCGCUCUGGUGAAGAGGACAGUCGGCUACAGGGCCUGGCGCAAACCCAGGCGUCCCGUCGCCGCCUGCUCAGGGAGGUCUGCGCCAAAUACCAGCCGGGUGUCACCGAGCGCCCUGUGUCCCGCCGGCAGGUGUCCCGCGUCUACGUGGAGGACAGGUCAGGCCUGCUGUACUGUGAGGUGCCCAAAGCCGGCUGCUCCAACUGGAAACGGGUGCUGAUGGUCCUGGGCGGCAGCGCCACCUCCACGCACAUCAUCGCCCACGAUGAUGCCCACUACGCCAACCAGCUCCGCCGACUGGACGCCUUCGACCAGGCGGGCGUGGCCGAGCGCCUCCGUUCCUACACCAAGGUCCUCUUCGUACGGGAGCCCUUCGAGAGGCUGGUUUCGGCCUUCCGCGACAAGUUCGAGAGCCCCAACUCGUACUACCACCCGGUGUUCGGCCGGCCCAUCAUCUCCCGGUACCGGGCCAACGCCUCACGCUCCGCCCUGAGGACCGGCGCCGGGGUCACCUUCAGAGAGUUUGUCCAGUACCUGUUGGAUGUGAGGCGGCCCGUGGGCAUGGACAUCCACUGGGAGCCGGUCAGCCAGCUUUGCAGCCCCUGCCUGCUACGCAACGACUUCAUCGGGAAGUUCGAGAACCUGAAGGAGGAGGCCAACUUCCUGCUACGGAGCAUCGGGGCACCUAGAAACCUGACUUUCCCUGACUUUAAAGACAGGAACCCAAAGGCAGAAAGGACUUCCUCCUCCAUCACCCAGAGAUACUUUGAACAAUUGAACUCCACAGAAAGACAGAGGGCCUAUGACUUUUAUUACAUGGAUUAUCUGAUGUUUAACUACCCCAAGCCCUUUAAAGACCUGUACUGAGGUACUGGCUGGAUUGCCCGGUUGAGGUUAUUAAUAUGAACACUACGGAAGAGAUUAUUAUCCUGUGGGACUUGAAUAAGCACUACAGGCACAUUCAUGUCAAAUAUUAUUUUUACAGGUCUUAUUUACAAAUGGCUAAAAUAAUGAUUUAAUGUAAUUACUUUGGACAUAGGUUGUAGGCCUACAGCUUUUUUGUCAUAAAGAUUUGUAUAGUGUGUCAAAUGCAUUUGCAUUGAUUGGCAGACCAGUGACUUCUAUGAAGUGACCUGUACUUUGGGUAAAGAAUGAGUGAUCUGUUAUUGUUAUUGUUUUUCAGCCUUGUUACGUGAAGGUAUACUUUUUGGUCCUCUUCAAUAAUGUGUAUUCUUAUUCUGCAGCCGAAGUUCAUGAAAAGAAGGGAAAGAGAGAGGCUAGAUAUACUCUCCCAGAGCAAAGGCUAGUGUUUGCAGAUACUGUAACGGAUUUCAUAGCUACUGCUUACUGAUGAGAAAUCAAAUUGAAUAUAAUUCAAUUUGAUUUCAAAACAACACUUGCUUUUAUUUCAUUUUUAUUUAACUAGGCAAGUCAGUUGAGAACCAAUUCUUAUUUACAAUGACCCCCCCCCCCCCCGCACUGCCCUAUGGGGCUCCCUAUUACUCAAAUACAGAAACACAUUAAAUAAGGGACAGGAAAAAUAUAUCAACGCAGGUUUCUUAAAACUAUGGGUCGGGACCCAAGGUGGGCCUUGGGAAUGUGAGAUAUGGGUCGUGAGUUGAGAGAAUACAUCUAUAAAUCACACACUAUUUCUUCUUAAUUUGGGUCACGGGAGGACAGUCAAUUUAUAAUUUGGGUCUCGAGCUGAAAAUGUUUAAGAAUCUGUGAAUAGAGGAGGAAAUAGUGGCAUUACUAUAUAGUAUGUUGGUUCAUUGCAUAUAGCUUUCCAGAUGUAUCGGAGGUUAAAUUAUCUUUGAAUCUGUUGGCAAUUUAUAUUGAAACAUAUGAUUUUGUUUUAUAGUACCAGUCAAACGUUUGGACACACCUACUCAUUCAAAUAUAUUUUAGAUUCCUCCUUUCCUGUGGCGGUCCUCAUGAGAGCCAGUUUCAUCAUAGCGCUGAUGGUUUUUGCGACUGCACUUGAAGAAACUUUCAAAGUUCUUGAAAUUAUCCGGAUUGACUGAUCAUAAAGUAAUGAUGGACUGUCAUUUCUAUUUGAGUUGUUCUUGCCAUAAUAUGGACUUGGGUCUUUUACCAAAUAGGGCUAUCUUCUGUGUACCACCCCUACCUUGUCACAACACAACUGAAUGGCUCAAAUGCAUUAAGAACGAAAGAAAUUCCACAAAUGAACUUUUAACAAGGCACACCUGUUAAUUGAAAUUCAUUCCAGGUGACUACCUCAUGAAGCUAGUUGAGAGAAUGCCAAGCAUGUGCAUAGCUGUCAUCAAGGCAAAGGGUGGCUACUUUGAAGAAUUUCUAAUAUAAAAUAUAUUUUGAUUUGAUUAACACCUUUUUGGUUACUACAUGAUUCCAUAUUUCAUUGUUUUGAUGUCUUCACUAUUAUUCUACAAUGUAGAAAAUAGGACAAAAAUUAAGAAAAACCCUUGAAUGAGUAGGUGCGUCCACAUUUUUGACUGGUACUGAAUAUGGGCCUAAUGUUACAAUACAAAUGAUUACACUGUAAAAGAGAAUGUACAAUUGUUCUACAUGUCUGUGCAGAAGUGUUUCAUCUACAAACGUGAUUUCAAUCCCCUAGCCUUAACACUGCCAAUUUUCAUUUGUUUGGGUUUUCAAGCGCCUUUACUAUGAAUAAAUGUUAAGUAAUUUAAAAAAAA